GGCCCCAGAGUCCCAGACCCUCAGACCCAUUCCAGCAGUCCGGCAGCCCCAGCCCCCACCCCCAAGUCCCCAACACUGCCAAGCCCAAUAGCCAGGGCCCUAGCCCUCGGGCCGACAGUCUACAGACUGCAGAGUACAGACAGUCAGACACAGCCCACAAUUUCUAG